UGUUGUCAAAGAUGGAGGACACGGGAAGUGUUUGAUACAUGGUGAAUGAUUUUAUGGAUUUUCCUUGCAUCUGUCAGUGAAUACCCUCUUGUAUCAACCAUUGGUACAUGGUGCAACAUUAUCUCUGCUGUUCUGAGACGCCAAGUUUCAUGAUUCAUCAUGCCGGGACUUGAGGAAUCGUUGUUCUCCCUAGAGUUAGUUGUAGAGAAGUUGUACGUUCCGCAUGUAACAUGUCGGUUUCCCGCUAUUGCAUUCCGAUUGCUUGACUUUCCAACGAUAUUAAUCAGCCAUGUAGAACCAGACUUAGCCAAUACAAUCAAAGCUAAGAUAGCACGCGACCCUUACUACCAAUUACCAGAUCAGUUUGGUGAAUUGAAAGACAAGCACGGCAAUUUUAUGGUGAAAAAAGGAAAGUCAUGUCUGUUCAAGAUUCCGGUUGAGAGUCUAAAGAUGCAUUUGACUAACACGCCUCUUUAUGUUAUGGUGAUUGAUACGUUCCCAGACACACCAAAAUUGAUGGGGAAUAGUGCAGUGCCUCUGAAUUCCCUGAUGGAUGAUAUCUCGGUCGAUAUUGCAAAACUGGGCACUACAGUUCCUUCAGUUCAUGGUGACAAAGGUCUCUUUAAAGUUUACAGCUUGAUGGGGAAAGAAAUUGGAUACUUCGUCUUAGGUUUCAGGCUGCUUUGCUUAGGACCAGGAUUAAUUCCACAUUUACCAGAAGCUGCUUUAUCAAGUCGUGUGAUUAAACAAACAGAAAAAGAAAAUAAAACAGUAGAAGAAGCAAUACAUCAGAGUCAGAUACUUCAAGUAACACCACACCAUGCAGUGCAACAUUUGAAUGAAACCCGAGAGAUGGGAUCUAUGACCGAUGUUGAAAAACAAGAUGCUAUUCUUCAAACCAUGGAGUUCAAUGACAAAGCAGUCAAUGUGGCAAUUUCAUGUCCAGAUGAUUAUUCUCAGAAACAGAAGCAGAAGUGUUUUACAGCAUCUACACAAACAGAAAAGCAUAAGAAGAUGAAGAAAGUCAUAAGUGAAAAGCAAAGGUUCAUAGAGCAUGUUGAAGAAAAAGAUGAAGAUGAUGGAAUUAUCAUCAAUAACACUAUAUGUCCACCACCAAUGUUUUACAACAGUGAAUGUGACCCAACCAUCAGAAUGCACAAACUCCUACACUAUGAUACUAUAUCUGAGGAUGAUGACCUGAACAUUGAAGAUAUGGAAAGUGUUGAUUAUAAUGAAUACAAGACAGCAGUGAAAGAGAAGAGGGGCCUUGUCUACAAUAAUAUGACUAACCACAGACCAUCUGGAUUGCAGACAGUAAAGGGUGGAAAAGUACAAAGAACUAGGGAUGUCACAACUACAGAUUCUAAUGGCAUGUUCCCAAUUCUCACAGCUCUCCUAAAUGAGCUCACUGGAAUUCAGAACUCGCAAUUAUUGGAAACUGUUGUACAAAUUACUCAGGGAAAGCAGAGUGGUCGACAGAUCCCUACAGUUUAUCAGAAACCACCAAUACCAAAGUCUGCAAGCAAACGACUUGAAGAAUUGAGUCAGCCUAGACAGCCUUUUCAUAAGGCAGGUCAACUGAUAAAUGAAGCAGAGGUACAAUCCAAAAUAGAAGAACAAGUCACAACUGGAAGAAAGUCCAACAGACAGUGUGCUGAGCCACAUUCUCCUGUUCCAAAGAACAAGGGGUGGUUGAGGCAGCUACCUGAGCAAGGCGUAAAGAAGAGUCCCCUGAAAUUUGGUUUGACCCAUACACAACGACUCAGGCUGGCUAAAACAAAUCCAGGAUGGCUAAAAACUGUGGAGAAGGAAGAAGCUGAGAUGAAAAAGAAGAAAGAAAAGGUUGCAGCUCUUAGCAUUGCAGAUUCAGAUGUUGAACUGAAUGUUACCAAUUUUUCUGAUACUCUUACUGAAGUCAGGCGUUUGGCUGAGAAAGAACUUGAGAAAGGGGAUCAGACCAUCGACACUACUAUGAAUCCUGGCAGUCCAGAGAGGGGCCAAAAGUGGUUAAAUAGAUAUGGAAAGCGUUCACCUUCACCCAAAGACCGGAGCAUUUCUCCUAAACAACGUUCAAAUUUUACAAAGAAAAAGUGUAAGGGACAUGCAGAACCAGAUAGAAAAGAUGAUGGUAAGAAAGACAUUAGGCAUCUGAGUGUGAAACGUGCAAUGUCUACUGAGACUGAUGACAACAGUCAAAGAAGUGAUCAACAGAGUCAGCGGAGUAUUGAAGUGCAUUUACCCAGUGCUCAAAUGGACGAUGACGGUGAUAGUGACAGGACGCUUGAUGACAGAGACACUAUACCAAAUGACCAUCUGGUGAGUAAAAAUAUGAGAUUUCCUGGAUUUGGCAAGGGAAAUGAAUUUUCCCCCGAAUCAAUUGAUGGGCAACCUAACAAGUCUUUGAGCGAAACAAGAGAUGAUGAUCAACCACUGGAAUCAACCAGGCUUUCCACAAAUGUACCCAGAAUGAAAGAGUCCUCUGAUUAUGACACUCACCAAUUUAUGUCAACUGAUGAGCCAGAAUUACAAGGUUUGAUGAGUGAUGAGGAUGACAGAUCAGACGUAAUGGACAGUGGUCGGCAUGGGCGUCUCUCUGGAGCUGUUGUCUCUGCGAGCAUGGCAUCAAUGCACAAAUUUCCAGUUAUGAAUCCUGUUGCCUCAGAGCAAUCUCCUGUGCCUGCUACUAGACGUUCAGCAGUGAAGUUAGACAUGGGCCCAAGUCAAGAACUUACACCAAGGGAAGGUACUCCUCAGUCUCAAGGUAGCUCUAAACGUCCAACACCGCGACCCCGGCGACCAGCCAGAUUAGGUAGAGAAUCAGUGCACACAGACUCAGUAAGUUCCUAUCUGCCUUCAGAUGCAGAUAAUGCUGUGAUUUCCCUCAGCAGCGAUGCCAACUACUCUGAUGACUUUCAUCCAGUUGGCAGUGAAAUUGAUGAUAGUCUCACCGAUAUUUCUUCUCCAGAUAUUAUGCUGCCAAGAUAUAUUCCAUCCACAAAACUUGGAUACACAAUAGCAUAAGCAUAAGCAUAUUUUCAUUGGAUUGUUGAACAGAUUUCAAAAUUAAGGGGGUGAGAGAGAGACAUGAGUGGCCCAGUUGUCUAAAGUGAUACUUUUCUCGGUGCAGAAUUGUAUCCCAUGGACAUAUUAGAAACCUAUGGUGUGGUUCAGGACACUGGUGCCCAGUUAGUAUUAGUCAUUACAGUUUACUGCUCACAGUCGCAUCCCUUGGUCAGAUCAGAAACCUAUGGUUGUAUAUUCCAAGCCAGGUUCACCCAUUUCUGUUGGUUUGUGAGCACUAUACCUGUGCUUGCUUUCAUACAAGUUGUAAAUGUCUGGGACCAACAUCACUUCUCGUAUCCCUUGACAUUAAGUUUGCAUAUUCAAUAUAACUGGAAUACUGUUAAAAGCAGCACUCACUCACUCAAAAUUAUGGGAGGACCUGUGAUCUCCACUGCUAUUGGAAUUUAGGAACUCCUACAUCUUCAGCUUUUGUAGUUAGCAUGAUUUGGGUUAUGAUUUUAUGCUUGAUUUCUGAUAUUGAAGCAAUACACUAUAUUGUUCCAUGAAGCAAAUGAAACCCUAUGACAGUCGUAAGUCUAUGCUGAAGUGUGGAUGUUAUGAUCACAUUAGCACUAGGAUCUCCCAGUUCAAUAGACCCAUGAUAGAUAGUGUUUUAAGAUGUUUGUGAAUUGUUGCUAACAUUUUCUAAGUGUGUGAUUGGAAUGUUUCAUAGAAACUCCCAAACAUGAUGAUUUUGUAAGAAAACAGCUAUGAACUGACAUGCCAUGUUUUCCUAUUUUUUUGUCUUUGAUCAACUGUACCAUGUGUUUUAAAGGCACUAUUUCACACCACACUUCUCUCUAAAAAUAAAUAAUGUAUUUCUCUCAAUAAUACCAACUAUCAGCCCUCACAGAAGCUACCAUAAUUUAUAAAAAGUUUGAGUGAAUUAAUGCGUUAUAUCUACUCUCGUGCCCUCUACCGGCCGUACAUUAUUUCAAGUGAACCCCAUAGAGUAUGUUCCUUGGAGCACUCUUUACGAAUAUCCUACACACAACUUGUGAUUGAAACCAGUUCGACAAACACCGCCAACACAG